CGCUGACGGGUUAAAGUUCACGUGGCGCUCUGAGAAAACUGGCGCGCGAAAGGGGAAAGCGAGGAAAAUCAGCCUGUAGGAGGGCAUUCUUAAAUAUUUAAAGAUGACUGAGCUUGAUUAUGCUGAAUCUGUUGAAGACAAAAUCAGUUUGAUGAAAGAAAAACUAAUUUGUCGAGAUUCUCAGCUUGUGACUCUGCUGUCACUACUAGGACAGCCUCAACAUUAUAGCUACCCUUCUAUUUUUGUAUAUGGGCACACAGCCACAGGGAAAACCUAUGUGAUACAAACAUUAUUGAAGACAUUAAAGUUUCCCCAUGUAAUUGUGAACUGUGUGGAAUGCUUUUCCUCAAGAAUGCUUUUCGAACAAAUACUUAACCAGCUGCAGGGUAGUUGGCUGUCUGAUAAUGAAUGCACAUCAUAUUUGCGAUGUAAUACUCUUAAUGAGUUUGUUCUACUAUAUAAGCAAGUGGUCCGUGAACAAAAUCUGCUCAAUCAAACUGUCUACAUUGUGUUGGACAAAGCAGAGCAGCUAAGAGAAAUGGAUGCAAACCUGCUGCCAGGAUUUUUGAGAUUUCAAGAAUUAGCCGAAACCAAUGUCACUGUUCUUCUCAUCAGCGAAAUUGUCUGGGAAAAGUUUAGGCCAAGUACCGGCUGCUUUGAGCCUCUAACUUUGUAUUUUCCAGAUUACAACAAAGAUGAACUCCUGAAAAUUCUUUCACAUGAUCAUCCCCUGGAAUUUUCUGCAGAAUUUUACACCUCUUACAUUAACAUACUGCUUGGAGUAUUUUAUACUGUGUGUCGGGAUUUGAAAGAGCUCCGGCAUCUGGCUGCAUUAAAUUUUCCAAGGUUCUGCGAACCUGUUAUUAAAGGAAAUGUGAAAGAAGAGGAUACUCGUCGACUGUGGAGAAACAUUGAACCACAUCUUAAAAAGGCGAUGCAGACUGUUUAUCUUCGAGAAAUUUCAAGUUCUCAAUGGGAAAGGCUACAGCAGGAAGAUGAAGACAGUAAACACCUGAAAGGGCUUUCUGCAUAUGGUCAUGUUGAGCUUCCAUAUUACUCUAAGUUCCUAUUGAUUGCUGCCUACCUUUCCUCCUACAAUCCUGCUAGAACAGACAAGAGAUUUUUCAUGAAGCAUCAUGGGAAAAUUAAGAAAACUUCCUUUUUGAAAAAGCAUGAGAAGACCAGCAAUCACCUCCUUGGCCCUAAACCAUUCCCACUGGAUAGAUUGUUGGCAAUUUUCUACAGCAUUGUUGACAGCAGAGUAACUCCCAGUGCAAACAUCUUUUCUCAGAUCACAACCCUGGUGGCCCUUCAACUAUUAACCCUUGUUGGCCAUGAUGAUCAGCUGGAUGGACCAAAAUAUAAAUGCACUGCAAGUCUUGACUUCAUCAGAGCAAUUGCCAGGUCACUAAAUUACAUUGUGGUGUUAAGACUACAGAUGAAGAUAGGUAUGACUAUGCACAGAUUGAGUUUUUUAAUGUAGGACCGUAAACUUUGAUAUAGUAAGGUACUUGUACGAUUUCUUAUGAGACCAGAUGCACAACCAUAUGGAUAUUGUGAGCAAUGAUCAAUGCGUUUGCACCAACUCAUACUGCUUUAUCUACUUCACUAAUAAGUGGCAGAGGCAUUUUGGCUGUAUUGGAUUUGUCCAAGCAGGUGUUGGCACAGUAUGAGAUCGGAUGAAAAUAUCUUGAUUGGUCAGAAUGGAUCUUUAGAUUGAACUAUUUACCACGAACUCUUCAGUGUUUUGGAGCUAUGUGUUAAUUAUUGACAGCAGGAACUCAAUACAAUCUGUUCCAAUCUAAUAACAUCAUUUUCGCACAAAAGCUGUCAGAAAUGUAUUUACUUGCAAUUAUUUUUCUCUAUGUAGUCCUUUCCUUGGAAUGUGAUACUGUACAGAUUUAGCUUUAGCUAAUCUUUCAUGUUUUAAGCUGUCUGCUGUAAUUUAGACCGCCUCCACCCUACCCCAACAGGAGAGUUUCUCAUUAUUGUUCAUGAUGAAAUCAAUUUUCUUCUAUUUUAAUUGACCAAAAUAAAUAAAUAUG